AUUUUAUAAGUUGGGUUUUCAAUUUUUAAAAUUAUGACAAACAUUCCUCAUUACUCGAUCAAUGAUUUAUGUAAUGUAACCUCCCUUUUAAUUAAACAAAAGGUUAAAAGUAUUGAAGUUAUUUUAGGUGUUGAAGUUGAAAACAAAUAUCACGUGUUUGAUAAUUUCGGAAGAUUAUUAUUCUUAGCCUUCGAAAGGUCCAAUUUCUGGGCCAGAAAUUGCUUAGGUUCUCAACGGGCUUUCGAAAUCUUUGUCACGAAUCCGCUGAGCGCUGUAUGCUUUGUAUGCGAGCGAGAAUACACUUGCUGUUGUGCCGAAACUGUAACCGUCAAAUCUCCGUUUCAACAACCUAUAGCAACGGUUGAUCGAAAUUUUCCUCCCAUAUGUAAACCCGAUUUUACCGUUAAGGAUGCCCUGAAUAAACCGAUCUUAAAAAUAAGGGGACCCGUGAUAACUUCUUCUAUAUUCGGCGGGGACGUUGUUUUCAAAAUUUUUUCCGCCGCCGCACCCUCCGUUCAGAUCGGGAAGAUAACAAAAAAAUAUUCCGGAUUUUUCAAGGAGGCCUUCACGGACGCCGAUAAUUUUUCGAUAGAAAUGCCCUUCGAUUUGGACGUUCGAUUCAAAGCUGCCCUCCUGGGCGCUACCUUUUUGAUCGAUUUCGUGUUUUACGAAAGCGAACGACAGCGAUAAAAUUUCAUCGAAAAAUUGGAAUAAUUUACCUAAUGAUUGCCAAUAUUAAAUAACUAAUGUUUAAAAAAAAAUUUGUAUAUUUCAUCAUUUUUAUUAACACAAGAAUUUGGAUCAUAUUAUAUUUAUAUUACAUUUUAAAUUAUCAAUUUAAAGAAUUAUAUACAUACAAUUUAUAUUUACAAAACAUUUAUAAUUCCUGAUCAAACAUUUAUGCUUUUUUUAUAAAGCUACUGUGAUUAUUUAU